AUGUCUCUUGCUCUCAUCCAUGCAAAACCCAACAGAGCGACCAUAAUUGUUGCCCAACGACGCUUGCUCAGUCUUGCCACCAAAUACGAACACCCUAGCCUCAAUUUGUGGUUCAACAAUGCUCGAUAUCUUGUGUCAGCCUCAUCACCCGCGAGCAUCCCCAAAUUAGAGGGUGAACCAGAGGUUGUUAUAGUUGGACGAGCCAAUGUGGGGAAGAGCACAAUGCUUAAUCUGCUCUUGACGCGGAAUAAGCUGGUUACGACAUCCAGCAAGCCGGGUGGUACCAAAGAACUCAAGUUUUUUCGCGUGGAAAUAACUGCUGGCGUCACCACGAAACCUUUAGUCCUUGUUGAUUCUCCCGGGUAUGGAUCCCGAGGACGUGCUCACUGGGGUCAACUAUUUGACCAGUAUAUUCAAGAGCGAAAGCAACUGAAACGGAUUUACAUCUGCUUCAACGCGAGGCAUAUGCUCAAGGACACUGACCUUGCGAUGCUUGAACAUCUUUCGAAAGCGGCCAAUGGCCGUUGGACCAUUCAACCGAUCUUCACCAAGAUUGACGCCAUUCCUGAAAAUCGAGCAAGCUCCCACAUUUUACAGAUGAUCGAAGACCUCGAAAAGGUUGCCGAUCCAACACUUGUGCACAAACCAUUCAUGACAGGCAUGGUUCGCGGCUCUGGCGUCCUGGGUGUCGGUAUAGUUGGACUGAAGAAGGAUUUAGCGAGAGUUGCUGGGUUGGUAAAACCAAUAGAGGAGAUAGAAGAGCCACAGACCAAGCUGAAAUUAGAUGUGUUGUUGUAA